AUGAAUAACACAGAAGAGCCGGAGCGAGACCUCGAGUCCAGUCUCGACGACAAACAGAACCCAACCACGAUCCAGCACAAUGAAGUUGUCGGCCAGUGGGAUGAGAAGACCGGCGUUGCCAAAGGCGACGAUUCAGACGGACGUGUCAACUGGACCUGGAAACAGAUCCUUGCAACUAUUUCCCUGUGUGGCGUAUACGUGGGGUCGCAGAUUCCGCUCUACUUCGUCGGAGGCUCACUUACCUACAUUGCAUCUGACCUGGGAUCGGCCUCGACUGGUUGGCUUCCUGUGUCGAACUCUCUUGCACUUGCCGCCGUCUGCCCGUUCUGUGGCUACCUUCAAGACAUGUUCGGCAAGAGGAACAUUUCCAUUUUGGGAUCGAUUUUGAUCCUCGUCGGCACGAUAGUCACCGCCACGGCUCACUCCUUCGCUCAAGGUGUGGCCGGGAUGACAAUUGCUGGCGCAGGCGCAUCGAUCGGAGAGCUCACGGCACUGGCUGGGACGGCGGAGCUGGUACCUGUCAAAAAGCGUGGAAUCUACCUCGCCUGCGUCACGUUCUUCAUAUGCCCGUUCUUUCCGUACGUCCUGUACUCCCAGCUGCUUUCAGCUCAUGCGACUUGGAGAUGGGGUCUGUGGAUCACAGUCAUUUAUAAUGGAGUUUUCUUUGGAGGAGUUCUUCUCUUCUACUUCCCGGAUUCGCACAUUUUGCGCAAGGGCACCUUGAGCCGGACAGAGAUCGCGAAGCGGAUUGACUAUGUCGGCGCUGUGCUGUCCAUUACGGGUGUGAUCCUCUUCCUGGUCGCCUUGCAGUCUGGCGGAUCGUCACAUCCUUGGAAAAGCGCAUACGUCCUCUGCAUGCUGUUUAUCGGCGCCGCACUUAUAGCCGGCUUCGUUGUGUGGGAAUGGAAAGGCGCAACAUACCCCAUGGUGCCGAAGGACCUGUUUGCCGGCCAGCGUAUUGUCGCCAUCGCCCUUGCAGUUGCGUUCGUGUCCGGGAUGAAUUUCUACUCGAUGAUCAACUUCGCCCCGCUGACAUACGGCACCGUCUACGAGCCCGACCCUAUCCAAGUCGGCGUCAAAGGCCUCGGCUACUCGAUCGCAAUCACCGUUGGCGCCACGGUGAUGAACGCCAUGCUCACGAUCCUGAAAGGCAACAACCGAGAACUCCUCCUCAUCUCAUGCGUCCUGAUGACCGCCUUCACAGGCAGUAUGGCGGUCGCCAACCCCAACAACCCAGGCCUGGCCGUCGGGCUGGCCACCGUCGCGGGAUUUGGAAUCGGAGGCGUCAUCGUCCCAGCCGCGACCAUCGCCAUGACGGCCUGCCCUGACUCGCUGAUCGCGACAGCCACGGCAUUGACGCUGACCAUCCGCUUCGUAGGCGGCUCGAUCGGCUAUUCCAUCUACUACAACGUCUUCAGCGAGAAGCUGGCGCGCAAACUGCCCGAGAGGGUCCUCGAUUUCGCCCUCGAAGCCGGCCUGCCCAGUUCGUCGGGCGCCACGUUCGUCCAGACCUUCCUCACCCUGCCCGCGAAUAUCUCGGACGUGGCGGGCGUGACGCCUGCGGUCGUCGACGCGGCGACCCUCGGAUCCCGCUGGGCGUAUUCGGACGCGCUCGCCUAUGUCUGGUACACGAGCAUCCCGUUCGGCGUGCUCUCCAUUAUUGGAUGUCUCAUGAUCGGCGAUAUCUCCAAGUAUAUGACCAACAGGAUUGCGGUCCAGAUGAGGCAUUGA